CUGUAAUAUUAAACAAUCUUUUUAGCUUUUCAAAAUACCUUGUCCGUCGUUAUGUUUUUGUUCUACUAUAUGAAUGUUUGUAUUCAAUGUCAGUUUCAUCACAUCAUAUCACCAGCCCUUUUACGUCCCCACUGCAGGGGCUCAGGCCUUCCUUAUGGAUGGUUAAGGAGGAUGGGCCAUGACCCUCCACGCUGGCCCAAUGCGGAUUGGAGGGUACUAACGACUGCAAAUGCAGCCGGGACCAACGGCUUAACGUGCCUUCCGAAGCACGGAGUAGCUCGAGAUAAUAAUUUUUUGGUCACCCAUCCCGUGACCGACCCUUGCGAAAGUUGCUUAACGACUACGAUCGCGGGCCGCGGCGCUUAUCCACUACGCCACUGAGCUACUCA